AUGGCGCGAACCAAGCAGAAUGCGUCUCGGUCAACUGGUGGGCAAAAACCGCGCGCGUCCCUCAGCCGCCAAGCUCGACGGAAGACGUCUGCCGCUCCAAGUGCCGCGACAUCGCCCCGCUGGCACGUCUGGACAAUCUCUGACCGUCUUGGCGCGCAGGUAACCCGAGCCUCUCGCUAUUAUGUUGAAUACAUCAUUUCUGCAGUGAAAACCGAGGGUUCUUGGGAGCCGCGUUGGCUUCUUGAGGAAGAUGGCUUCAUUGAGUAUCUUGAGCUUGUUGAUCAGUACAAAGCCACCGGUGGUCCCAUGACCUUCACUGAGUUUGCUCUCUCGCGGCCGGACGACUUUUCACAGGCCAUGGGCGCCUCCCGCGAUGGCCGUUGCGCCUUCCGCACUCUGGAUCUUGCAGCCGACGCCCUUGGGAUCUCCGACUGGUACUCGGAAGCUGCUGUCGAUGCGUUGUACUGUGUGCGUGCUGCAACUGACAAGCCAAUCACCUCUGCUGUAGUUGUGUGGUCCACACUGUGGACCUUCAUUCGGAAUUCCAACCGCGCUGCUCGUGCUGCUGGUCGCACCGAGAUCUGUAAGGAUACAAUUUGUGUUAAUCAGGUCCAGUUUCGCCUCGAAGGCGUUCAAGCAUGCAUCGGUCUGGAUUUCCUGCUGCUGGCGCCUGGCUUAUAUCUGUGCGCAGGUGUUCUCCCAGGUCCUCAGCGUAAGUUGAACGCGUUCAUGCUGCAAGUGACGAAGCACGGUCGCUUCGUUUCCGACGAAAGCCUCGUUCAGAUGCCGCUGUUAGAAUGCGCCUUUUCGUGGCUGGCGAAAGUGCGGUUUGUCCGACGCGUCCUGAUUUGCUAA